AUGCCGUCCGCUCCCACCGAGCCUCAUCCGCUUGCCCUGCCUGCCGGCCUCUCCCCAGACUCCAUCGACACACUCACCGAGCUGGCCCUCAUCCUGUCCCGUCUACGGCCACCUCAAUCAAAUGGCAGCACGACUGGCCUGGCCACCGGUGCUACUCCAGCAGCAACACAAGUGACAGGAACUACACCUCUACCCAGCUCAGCCCCGGCCGGCAGUCCCGGUGGCAGUGGCACACUGAAUCUCAAGGACGUGCCCACAGCGACGGACAGCAUCAAACACAAGCUACAGAAGGCACGAGCACAGAUACGGCAGCUGCCAGACAUGAAUCGGUCAAUCGCGGCGCAGGAAGCCGAGAUCGUGGAGCUCUUGACGAGGAUGGCGCAACAGCGGGAGGUUCUUGGACGCCUCAAGGACGUCGGCGCUGCGUUCGGGGCAGAUGGAGAUGAAGGGAGGGACAAGAUGGAGAUGUGA